AUGAACGAAAUCAUAGCAAAUGAUCCUAAUCGCGCAGCUUACUUGAACGACCUUUGCCGCCAUCUUUACACUCUUCAUGAGCGGACUAGGAAUCUGCAAGACCCAGACGUUAGUAGCACGGCUGCGCCGGCUACUCUUGAAGACAAUCCUGAUCGAGCAGUCUACCUAAAAAACCUCUCGAAUGAUCUUGCCGAGAAACAUGAGCGUACUGGAGAUCUGCAAGCUUUGGACGCUGCCAUCAAGAAGGCUAGCCUAGCAGUGGCUGCCACGUCUAAAAACCAUGCUCUUCAUGCAAUACGCUAUGAAGAGACCGGAGAGCUGCCCGAUCUGGACGCUACUAUUACCAACCUCAACCUAGAAGUUUCCGUCAGUCCUAGUGACAAACCAGAUCAUGCAGGCCAUUUGAAAAAUCUUUCUGUUCACCUAUUCCGUCGGUAUAAGAGGACAGGGGACCCGCAAGAUCUGAACGCUGCCAUCACCCACACCAGCCAAGCAUUGUCUGCCACUCCUGAGAGCAAUUCUAACCGUCCAGGCCGCUUGAACAUCCUUUCCAGCUACAUUGCCCGUCGGUAUGAGCGGGCUCGGAACCUGCAGGAUCUGGAAGCUGCCAUGCCUAAUGCCAGCCUAGCAGUGGCUACUAAUCCUGACGACCAUCCUGAUAGGGUGGGCUAUCUGAGCAACCAUUCGAUCCACCUUGCCAAUCGCUACAAGCAGACUGGGAGCCCAGAGGAUUUGCAGGCUGCUAUAGCUAACACUGGACUAGCUGUGGCUGCCACUACUCAUAAUAAACAACCUGAUUAUGCAAUCUGCCUGUAUAACAUAUCCAAACACCUCUUCAGCCUCUUUGAGCGGACUGGGAACCUGCAGGACUUGGAGACAGCUGUCACAUUCGCCAACCUGGCCGUGGGCUUUACCCUUGAUGAUCACCCUGAUCGAGCGUUAUACCUAAACAAUCUCUCCAUGCAUCUCUGCAUUCGUAACCUGCAGACCGGAAACAUGCAAGAUUUGGCGAUGGCGCUCCAACAUUUUCGUGCCUCUGCCAAUCUGCCAAAUGCAGUACCUCUCUACCGUAUCCGAUCUGCACGUGGAGCCAUACGCAUGCUUCAAAAGCUUCAGCAGGAUUGGCGGCAAGAAGCCGCAGUCCUUGCUGAGGAGGCCGUGCAGCUUCUGCCACUUGUAUGUACCCGUUAUCUCAACUGUGAGGACCAGCAGCAUGUGGUCUCGCAAACUGCAGGACUAGCCGCCGACGCCUGUUCCAUCUUCCUCCAGCUGCGACAACCUGAAAAAGCACUCCAGAUACUAGAGUACGGCCGCGCGUUGAUCCUUGGCUACCUUGUUGACAGCUGCAGCGAUGUUGACCGGCUUCAAGAGGACUACCCAGACCUAGCAAAAGAAUAUGAUCAGCUUCUUUUUAUCUUAUGGCAACGCCUCGACUCAGUCCACGCGGAAAACAGAUACCAGCUGCUGCAACAGAAGAGAAAAGUGCCACUUGAGCUGGAGAAGUGCAUAAAUAAGAUCCGUCAGCAAGAAGGUUAUGAACAAUUCCUUCUCGAGCCUUCGAUUCAGGACCUCAUGAGCCAGGCUACAGAAGGGCCAAUUGUUAUUAUCAAUAUCACUGAUUUUGGUAGCCACGCCAUCAUCGUCCAGGAUCAAGAUAUAUGCUCUCUACACCUACCAGAAAUGCUGCAGACGCCGAAAUUUGCAUUAGAUGACCAGCUACGCCAAUUUCGCAAUGUGGGAGAGCGCGGGUGGAAUCUCCGAGAUAUUGAAAAUGAACCGGGGUCAUUUUAUGCCACGCAUUAUAAUGACAACUCCCUUAAUUGGCUCUGGACUCACUGUGUCAAGCCGGUUAUCAGAGAACUGAAUCUUGAAGUACCUCUUUCAGGCGCUCUGUCUCGCAUAUGGUGGAUUGGUACUGGGGUUGCCAGCUCCCUUCCAUUUCAUGCAGCUGGAGAUUACGGUCAGGUAACCGAGAAUACCAUGAGCCGUGCCAUUUCCUCGUACAUACCGACUAUCAAGUCACUCGCCUAUUCUAGAUCUCAGUUGGCAAAACUCACUCCGAAAAACAACCCGACGUCUAUCUAUAUAGCCGCCAUGCCUACUACUGCAAACGAGCAGCCACUCCCAUGCGUUGAGUCAGAGGUUAAUGCGAUUCAGCAGGCCUGCAGCAAUAUCUGUACUGUUACUCUGCAGAAAUACCCAACACCUGAAGCAGUCUUAAAUGCAAUGGAAGACACAGAUAUCAUCCACUUUGCUUGCCAUGGCUCAUCUAAUCCUUUCAACCCGUCCGACAGUCAUCUUCUUCUUCAUUGCGGCGGAUCGACCACCCCUGCCGUAGGUAUACUGACGGUCCAACAAGUAGCUAAUCGUGCUUUCAGCAACGCCCGAGUUGCCUAUCUCUCAGCAUGCUCAACAUCCCACGUGACCGCUUCCAAGUUCACUGAUGAAGCAAUCCACCUGGCCAGUGUCUUUCAACUCGCAGGAUUUGCGCACGUCAUUGGGUCGUUGUGGCCAAUUAAUUGCAGAAUCAUUGCAUACAGCUGUGUUAGAGGUUCGUAG